AGGGACCCCCACCACAGGCACACACUGAGGUUCACAAGGGACCCCCAUCACAGGCACACACUGAAGUUCGCAAGGGCCCCCCACCACAGGUUUCCACUGAGGCUUCCAGGGGCCCCCUGCCACAAGCGCACACUGAGGUUUGGAAGGGCCCCCCAUCACAGGCACACACUGAGGUUCGCAAGGGACCCCCUCCACAGGCACACAUUGAGUUUCCCAGGGGCCCCCCACCACAGGCACACACUGAGGUUCCCAGAGGCCCCCCACCACAGGCACACACUGAGGUUUGCAAGGGCCCCCCACCGCAGGCACACACUGAGGUUCCCAGAGGCCACCCACCACAGGCACACACUGCAGUUCCCAGGGGCCCCCCACCGCAGGCACACACUGAGAUUCCCAGGGGCCCCCCACCGCAGGCACACACUGAGAUUCCAAGGGGCCCCCCACCACAGACACACACUGAGGUUCCCAGGGGCCCCCUGCAACAGACACACACUGAAGUUCCCAAGGGUUGCUUGGCACAGGUUUUCACUGAGGUUCGCAAGGGCCCCCUGCCACAGAUACACACUGAGGUUCUCAGGGGCCCUUUGCGCCAGUUGCACACUGAGGCCUUUACAGGCCACUCACCCCCAUCAUACUCUGAGUCCGAGGCAAGGCAAAGAUUUGAGAAGGCAAUGCAUCAACUCCAGGACCACAUCCAGAGGGCCAUCACAAUGUUCAGCAAGAAAGAGCUCUCACAAGAGCAAGCACUGCUAAAAGAGGUGAAUCUGCAGCAUAUGAACUCUGAGGUUCUGGAGGAGUUCCUGAGGUCAUUGGAGAACCUGAAGAGGUUCUGUUCCACAGCUCAGCUCAGGAACAUGGAGGACCUCUCUCACUCUGUGAGGAAGCAGUGGGAGGAUGUGCGCUCUGAGAUAGCUGCCUUUUUACAACAAAUGAGAUUUGAUAUCGGACAAGGACACUUUAACACGGCUGAUUUGCAUUGUGAGAAACUGACGCAUUUUAACCCAGGGACAUCAUCCACUGAUCCUGGACCUGAUCAGGCACAGGCAUUCCUGCAUGCAGAUGCCGGCCAGCGACCAGAGGCCCUGAAGGCACUGUCGGAUACACUGAGCCCUGGAGAAAAACAGAAGAUGACCGUACAUACCAAGGACACAAUGAUCACUGGAAUCAGCUACCAGAGAGAACCAAGCCCACACCCGGUCUGCCGAAGAGGUUUUUCAGAAGGUCCACUGGCACCCAAGUUUUCUCAGGCAAUAGUGAGGGCAGAGACCGUGGAAGUCAAACAGAUGCCAGAGCGCACCGUCAUCAAGACCUCAUCUCCAGAUGAGGGAUCAGCUGCCCAGGAGGACAUGGACAGGUACCGAGCUGCCAGCAGUGCUUUCAGGGCCCAGCUAGAAAAGAACCAGCAGAGCCUCCAGUCCGAGUUUCCCUGUGCCUCCGACAUGCCCUCUGCCCUGCGCGCCCAUCUUGACCAGCUGCAGGUGCUGAAGGGGGAGACAGAUAGCCUGUGGUAUGAGUUUGAGCUCCAGUGUUCCCAGUUCUGCCAGCUGGAGGGCAUGGAGCUCAGCCUGGCAGAAGAGAGGAAGGAGCUGCUGCAGCAGUGGAGAGCUCAACAGAUCAGUCUACAGAAGAGGAUGAAAUCCCUGGAGACAGCUGUGGAAAUGAUUGGUCCAGUGGGCGAUCAGAUGACCCACAUCUGCCAACAGCUUGACCAUCUCUUCAGAAAUCCUAAGGACAUCAGUGGGCUGACCCUGAACAAUGCUAGCACAUUACAGGAUGAUAUAAAGGACCUGGAGGAGAGGAUCCAGCAGGAGAUGGCCCGGCUUUCUGGCCUGGACAGCGAGGACAGCCCGGUGCUGAGCGAGCUGGACCCGGAGGCUCGGCUGGCCGUCGGGCGAGCGGCUCUGGGCUGCAGGCGGGCGCUGGACCAGUGCCGCCAGCGGGUGUGGAAGGGCGGGAAGGCCAUCCGGUCCCUUGACCGAUUCAUUUCGUCCCUCCGCGCCGUGGAGCGGGACAUCUCCGGCGCGCAGGCCAGCGUGCCCAGGGACGCGCGGGAGGCGCGGGACGGGCGCUCUCGGCUGGUGCCGGUCCGGCAGAGCGUGCGGGCCGCCGGGGACGAGGCGGUGCAGCUGGACCGUCUCCUGGAGGAGGCCCAGCCAGACGGCUCGAAGAGGCCGACGCCUACUUUGCACGCCAGCUGA